AAUUGUGAAUUUUGGAUUCUUGUACAUAAUCUCAUCUUGUAGUAACGCUGUACUAUUAUGUGUAAGAUUUAGUUUAUCAAAUCAAAUCUCUUUGCAAAAACCAAAAAUUGAUCUCUUUAACUUAAUCAUCUGAAAUCUUCCAAAACUAUUUAACCAUAAUAACACAAUUUCUUACAUCAAAUAAUUAGUUAAUUAUUUUCUCCCUCACAUCAUGGCUAAAAAACAAAUAACAAAAUAGUACUAGUACAAUAAAAUCUAGACCAAUCUUUAAAUACCUAAAAACAUUAAAUUGAUACCCUUUUUAAUGUACCUCUCACUCCCGUGAGUAAAAAUAAUAAUUCAUCCAUCGUCCGCUUAUAUCCCCGGCGGCACACCGUCGCCGGCAACCUCUAUCUCAUUCAUUACUCACUCACUCACUCACUCACUCAUGCUUUACUUGCUCUAUAAUUAUUAUAUUUCCAUAUCCAUUAUUUUAUUCAUUUUUAGAUUUAGUUAAAAAUUAAGAAGCUAAUACAAUACCCAUUUUUUAAUUUUUUCCAAAAACACAACAAAAAAUAAUUCAACCACCGUCUUCUGUUUCGCUUGCUUCACACUCUUCUUCAACCACCCACCAGAAAUCAACACUACCCCAUUAACUCACUGAGUCAAAAUCUGAAUCUUUUUGCAAAAUAAGCUUCUGGGUUGGGUUUAUUUUUUAGAGAGAGAAACUCUAGAGAGAGAAUUUUGUGUUUUUCUAUGUUAUGGUAUUAUGGCUCAGCAGAGGCAAUCGGGAACGGAGAGGCUUGGGGUGAGGCACGAUCUACAUAACACCAAUGGCUCCGGUGGUGAUCAUGUUUCUGUUGCGAUUCGCGGUGGUGUUGGUGUUUCUCAUAAACAGCAAAGGUUCCGGCGAUCGGCGCGAUCCGACAGAGGAGCGCGUUUUACGGUGGUUGCAAUCUUAGUUUUUCUCUUCCUUGUACUUGUUGUCACUUUUCUGGCGUUUUCUUAUAUUUCUAGAGAAGAAAUAAUUGAUAAGGGUGAUGAUCAUGAUACUGGUGAAGUAAAGAAUGAUUCUGAUUUUCUGACAAAUGUACCACGAAUAGAGAAGAAAGUUCUUGGGUUUGGACAUGCUUCUGGGGGACAUGGUCGAGAUUCGAGGUAUUGGGAUAAGGAUGAUAGGAGAAGGGAUGGUGAUUAUGAUGAGGAUAUGAAGGAGCAGAUAAGUAGGGAUCUUGGAGAUGCAAAUGCUGAAGAUGAUGCUCGUGUAAAGACGAAUCUUGAGAUUAAGUCUUCUCAGGAUGGUUCUUACAAGGGUUUAAAGCGAAAAGGUGUUGGCUUGUAUAAUGAAGCGGGGCGUCAUGAAUUGAAAAGGUAUGAAGCUGAGUACGAGGCUUCUUUGAAGAAUGUGAGACAUUCUGCUGAAAGUGAUGGGAAAUUGCCGCAGGAUGCUGAUAUGGAAAAGAAGAAUGCGGCUGUUGACAUUGAUGAUGAGUAUGAUGACUUUUUCGAUGCUCAUGAUGGUCAAACGGAAGAGUCUGCUGAUGGUGGAAAUAUGAGUGGGAAACAUGUUAAUUCUGAUGCACUAAGUUUGGACGAUGAGGUUCAGAAAGAAUCUCAUGGUUCUUUGGAUAAUGAUGAUAUUGCUUCUGAGGAAGAUAUUGAUGGGGAAUCUUCCACUAUUAACAAAAAAAAAUCUCGCAGUGGGAAAACAAAUUCUAGACUUGCAAAUACAGAAACAAAGAGGAAAGGCAAGCAUCACAAACACUCAGGAUCCUGUGACAUGAAGUUGUUAAACUCAACUUCGCAACUUGUAGAACCACUAGAAAGUCGAAAAUUUGCAAGAUUUAACUUACAAUACACAGAGACAGAAGAGAAGCCACUGGGAGUUGAACAAUGGACGCCAAGAUUUGCCGGCCAUCAGAGCUUAGAAGAGAGAGAAAAUUCAUUUUUGGCACGUGAUCAAAACAUAAAAUGUGGUUUUGUUAAAGGUCCUGAAGGUUCACCCAGCACUGGAUUUGACAUGUCAGAAGAUGAUGAAAGUUACAUUAGCAGAUGCCACAUUGCUGUGAUUUCAUGCAUAUUUGGAAAUUCUGACCGUUUGAGGACCCCAGCCACCAAAACGAUCACUCGUUUGUCAAGGAAGAAUGUCUGCUUUGUUAUGUUUACUGAUGAAGUUACGGUACGGACACUUUCUUCUGAAGGCCAUGCGCCUGAUAGAAUGGGUUUCAUCGGCUUUUGGAAGUUAGUGGUAGUGAAGAACCUACCUUAUGAUGAUAUGAGGCGAGUGGGCAAAAUACCGAAGUUAUUGGCCCAUCGACUUUUUCCCUUUGCAAGGUAUUCAAUUUGGUUGGAUAGCAAAUUAAGGCUGCAGCUUGAUCCUUUACUCAUCUUGGAGUACUUUUUGUGGCGAAAGGGUUAUGAAUUUGCAAUAUCCAAUCACUAUGAUCGGCACUGUGUGUGGGAAGAGGUGGCGCAAAACAAGAAAUUGAACAAGUAUAAUCAUACGGUUAUAGAUCAACAGUUUGCAUUUUACCGGGCUGAUGGACUCCAAAGAUUUAAUGCAUCAGAUCCAAACAAGCUUCUUCCAAGCAAUGUACCAGAAGGUUCUUUUAUUAUUAGGGCACACACCCCUAUGUCAAAUUUGUUCAACUGUCUUUGGUUCAAUGAAGUUGAACGAUUUACUCCUCGUGAUCAGCUGAGUUUUGCUUAUACUUAUCAGAAGCUGAGAAGGAUGAAUCCUGAUAAACCUUUUCAUCUUAAUAUGUUCAAGGACUGUGAACGGAGACACAUGGCCAAGUUGUUCCAUCAUAGAAUGGACGAGAAGAGGGGUACAAGUCAAAAAGCAACCAAAUAAAUCAAGUUUUUUGAUUAACAUUUUAUCACUAUAGUAGGCUUGAUAUAAUGUACAUGGCCAUUCUCUUCCAUAUUUGUUGACCAUAUGCUGCAGAGUUCAUUCCACAGUUCGGCUGACUUGAUGAUUCAACACAGGUGUUUAUGAAGGAAUCAAAGUACAAUCUACACUAGUAUUCUGUCAUCUGUGGAACGUAAUGUUGUGGUAUUGUUAAUGAUAUGAUUCAUAUCUUUUGUGUAUCGAUCAAUUUGUGACAGAAUUCAUUUACGCCUUGGGAGACAAGCAAAACAUCGAAUGAACCUGCAACAGUCGCUUCCACGACUACAGCUCCUGCUCUCAUUUCAUUUCUAAAUACAAAAUUGGGAUUGUUUGUAUGUAGAAAAUUUUGAUAGGCUAUUCAUACUCAUGUUAGAAAUCUAACUCAUGAUUCUUAUCCCAUUGAUUUUAUUGCUUAAAUAUUACAUUACAUU